AACAUAUGUUUUUGGUGUUGACCCGAAAUGAGAUUAAUUUUUGUUUAAAUUUUACUUUUCUCGGUGAUUUAAGUUUACUAAUUUGAAUCUAAUUCUUUCUAAUUGUUGUCAAUUUGAUUGUUCAAUGUUAGCUGUACGUACUUGUUCACUGGUUUGCCGGCGAAAUAUUUGGAAAUUCAAAAGAUGGCAAGAACCGUUACUUGCACCUGAGAAUUUGGAAUCACCUUAUAUUGUUGGACCUUAUAUUCGUGACCGUUUACCUGAGCAAUCAAUUCUUAAACCAAGGAUUCGUUAUGAUGAUGUUUUCGAGGAGAUACAUAAUACCGAUGAUGAUCCUGUUCCUCCGAUGAAAGUUUUGCUUCUUGAAAAUGUUGCCAAUUUGGGUGUUGCUGGUGAAGUAUUGGAAGUACCCGGAGAGAUGGCUCGAUAUAAUUUAAUUCCAAGUCAACAAGCUACUUAUGCAACUGAUUUGAAUUUAAAACUUUACGCUGAUUUGAUUCAGAAAUGUUUAGACAAUCCGGAUGCACCAUCUUCUCGUCUUUCCAUUGUAACAACGAAAAAACUUGCGACACAAUUUAUCUUGGUAACUAUGAGUUCAGAUGCUCCUUGGAAAAUUGAACCUUGGCACAUUAGGGUUGCUUGUCGUCAGAUUGGUUUAGUUGUUCCCGAUUAUGCAAUUAAAUUACCCGAUGAACCGAUAACUGGACCAAAUAUUGAAAAUGAGCUGAAAGAUUUUGCCAUACAAAUUACCGUUAAUAAGAAUCCAAGGGAAACUGUUAAUGUUAGAUGUGUUCUUCAUCAUGUUAAAGAAAAUCUUAAAUCUCAAUGGCAUAGGAGAGAACCAAGAGUCGCCAUUUUACCGGAACAACAGCAACUUUUAGAUUCGAUGCAUAAAUUUGAACCAUAUUAUGAUGAAGAGGAACGAACGAACUUUUCAUGAGCUCCUUUUGAUUGUCAAUUCAUUCGAUAAAAAUGAAUUAGCCUCUUAAGUUAAUCAUGUUUUUCUCGUUUCUUUUUUUCUGAUUUGUAUAGAAGAGAGUUUGAUAUUCAUUAAUCAUCUAUUCACCAUCUUGUUAAUUUAAGUAAUAUAGUCAAUUGGUACAAUGAUAAUCUAUACAUAAAUCUGAGAAUGAUUAAAAAUCAAUCUUGACACGAUUCUACCAAUAGGUUAAUCAAAUGUGUGAAAUACAAUCAAUCAACUGCUACAUUUUUGACCAACAAUCAACUAAUAAAGACAAGAAAAACAAAGAUUAGUUAAAAAAAACGCUA